AACAGAGACACAAUGGCAGAGCAGAGAGCAGCAUGGCCUUAUCUUGUUCUUGGUCACCUACGCUUCUCACAACCACCCAAUCCUCCUCCUCCUCCGCCGCCUCGCCAUCGACCCCUAAACUAGUCCCCUGUCAUUUUCCGGGGAAACCCACCACCACCACCAUUCACACACUCUCCAGCUGCAGUUCAAGUUCUCAGAAAUGGAGAGCCAAAGUUUCAUUCUUUCCUGCAUUUUUGAACAAACGCAAAGACACUCAGCCUAUCAAGGACGAGCUUCUUGACGCCAUUGCUCCGCUCGAUCGAGGCGCUGAUGCCACUCCGGAGGACCAGCAAACUGUUGAUCAGAUUGCACGCAAACUUGAAGCAGUUAACCCAACAAAGGAACCACUCAAAUCUGAUUUACUCAAUGGAAAAUGGGAGCUUAUAUACACUACUUCAAAGUCUAUUCUGCAAACUCAGAGGCCCAAAAUUUUGAGAUCAAAGGUAAACUACCAAGCCAUCAAUGCUGACACACUUCGGGCUCAAAAUAUGGAAUCAUGGCCAACUUUUAAUCAGGUAACAGCAGAUUUGACACCUUUGAAUGCAAGAAAAGUUGCUGUCAAAUUCGAUUACUUCAAAAUUGCAGGUUUGAUACCUAUUAAGGCGCCUGAUAGAGCUCGUGGUGAACUGGAAAUUACAUAUUUGGAUGAAGAGCUUCGUGUCUCAAGGGGCGACAAAGGAAACUUGUUCAUCUUGAAAAUGGUUGAUCCAUCUUACCGAGUUCCUGUCUGAUGUACACAAUCACAUUGCAGAAUUAGUAACUCAUCUGGCCAUCACCCUUUCUUGUUCAUGACAAUGGACUAAAGCGUACAAGUUUUGCCAAGACUUGGUUCUGCUCCAAGCCUCCAAGUGCUCGUCGUAUACGUGUUUGUAUAAAAUAUUGUACAUGUUACUGAUGCAUCGAUCACUUCCUGCAAGCUAGGCAUUUCCCGACCUUUCCAUGUUAUUUUUUUGUCGAAAUAUCAUGUAAAAUGCAUAGUUAAGAGUUAUGACUAUACAUUUGAGUACUUUCAAAGGAUCACCUUUUAUCGGAAGUGAAGCAGCGCUUGCAUCCGUCAAGGUUGUAAUGAAAAACAUAAACGACUUCAAACGAUUUGUACAAAUUCAAAUUGCAACGAAAAGCAUAUAUAGACA